AUGUCGCAGGCAAAUGUAUCUGAGACUUCGAUGACUUUCGGCCCGGAAUGGCUACGAAAUUUACCUUUAACAGGUGGCGGCGGGCUAAAUAUAACUUCACCACCUCGCUCACCGAUUUUUGUAGAACAAGAGAGUGGUAAAAUAGUUUAUAAUAAAGAAGAAUUAAUACAAUAUUAUAAGAAGGUAAAAGACAUCCCGCGAGUAUUAGAGAAAUGCCCGGUACUAUUACAUCCAGAACCGCUAUUGCCCAUGACUAUGAUACCUCUAUCUGAAGAAGAGCAGCGUAAUGCUGCAAGCGUUAAUAGUGCCGUAGCACUCAGAAUGACUGGUCGUGGCGGUAGCCAUCCUCGUGGGCGCGGUAGUGUCAGAGGAAGAGGUCGAGGUCGUGGUGAUGCUUAUUAUAUACGCACUGGUAGCGAUGACGGUAACACCAGCGGACAUCCUACUUUUACACGAAGUCGUAGUGGUGAAGGCAAAUCAUCCUGGGAUAUUGAAAGAUCAGAUCAUCAGAUAUUUUUAUUCGUGAAAUCUUGUCAAAAUAAACAAGAAAAUAAUCGGCCAGUAAAAAAUAGCUGGAGAUCUGAAAGCUUAACUUCAGAAGAUGACAAUGGAUGGAAAUUUGCUGGUCGAGGCAAUAAUCCAAAUAAGUCUCCACGUGUACUAACUGGUAGUGGCAACUGGAGAAGUAGUAGUUCAGAAUCAAGAACAUGGAAUAGUAGGACAAAUUACCAACAAAAAAAUCACUACAGUAAUGAUGAUUCGUAUGAUUUACCGGAAUGGAGCCAGGAUGGCGUUGACGACAUUAUUGGAACUUUCGAUGGUUCUGGGGCAUUUUGCUCUCAAAAGAUGGAAAGUGGUGAAAUAGAAACAUUCGAGAGUGAUAAUAAGAGUGGUAUACAAGUUGAAGCGGAAGAAAAUUCAACGACAAAUGAUAUCAAAGAAUCUGAUAGGCAACAAGGAGUAGUAGAUGGAUUAGAAUACGUUGCUCCUGUUCGUGACGAUUUAAGAUCGACCGUAAAAGAUAAUGUUAGUGCAACAAUAGAUGAUAACAAAGAUUUAGAAGAACAUCUACCUGAAUCUCUUCGCUUAGCAAUAAGUGACGAUCAGCUGCCGGAAUCUUUACGUAAUGUUAUCGAACAACUAGAUACAGAAUCAUGUAGUGCGAAAACGACAGAUAAUCAUCAACAACAAGUUGUAGAUAAUAAUGCAAGCAGGAAUGAUAUGUCGAUGAGGAUAGAUAAUAUGGGGAAAGAUGGUAACUUAGUAAGUGAAGAUGAAAAAUGGCUUUAUCAGGAUCCUCAGGGCAAAUUACAAGGCCCAUUUGGAAAUAAUGAAAUGCUAGAGUGGUUAAAAGCGGGAUUCUUCGCUCCUAAUUUGCCAGUCAAAAGAGCAUGUGAUGACUAUUUAUUGCCUUUAGGGAAGGUUAUUAGAAUUUGGAAGAGGAUUCCUUUCCAACCUGGUCCUGCGCCUCCUCCAUUCAAGAUCAGUCAAGAACAAGUUAUACAACAUCAGCAGUAUCAACAACCACAACAUCAACAGUCCCAGCACCAACAUCAACAAUCUCAACAUCAACAAUCACAACAUCAACAACAACAACAAAUGGCUGCUAUGGCUGCUGCAAAGGAACAGCGACUAUUUUUACAAAGACAAUUAAUGGCCCAGAAGUUGAUGCAGCAGCAACAACAACAGCAUAUGUAUCAACAUCAAAUGAUGUUAUAUAUGCAACAGAUGCAUCUCCAACAACAGCAAAUGUCUCCAGAGGCAUUAAAUAUGGCUUUACAACAAAAUUCACAGAACCCUACAACUGUUGAAUCUGAAUCUGAUAAUCGAAUGGAAUCUCACGAAAGUAAUACAAAUCAACAAAAACCGAAAUCGGCAUGGAAUAUGACUCAAGUUAAACCAGCUGAUGCUUGGAACGGAUCUGAAAGUACGAAUAUUUGUAAAAAUAUCAUUAUUAUGCAUAGUAACCAAAGUGAACAUAAAGUACCGGAUAAUCAGGAUCAACCAGUAUCUAUAUCACAGUCUCAACUAGAAGAGGAGUGGGUAAAGAAUGCAGAAGGACGCAGAGAAAAGCAAACUCAGCCAAAUAUGGCAAUUCUUGAGGAGAGUCAGUCACUAGCGAAACAACAUCAACAGCUUCAAUCUGCAGCAAGCUCUGCGAGACAAGCUUCAAUUAAUAUGAACAUUAGUCAUGAACAAUGGAAAAUGACUUCUGCCACUUCUCCAGUUUCCUUAGCGCAAAUACAAGCCGAAGAAGCUAGGCGAAUAGCUGAAGAACAGCGACUACGCCAGCAGCAAGUGCAUCUACAGCAACAGCAAACUGAUCAAAAUAGAAGUUUUGUUGGAAAUUGGGUUUCUAAUUCUCGCAGCAGUAGUGAUGGAAUGUCGAAUAGUCCGAUAUCUUUGGUUGAUAUCCAAAAGGAGCAAUCGUCGCGAAAUGAAGAAAAAUUACGACAACAACAAAUGCAGACAUCUGUUUCCUCUAACGUGACCCGGACGUCUGGCUGGGGAUCAUCACCAAUGGUCCAUCAGAAUGUUAAAGUUCAACCUACAUCAGGCAACAGUGGUCCAAUAAACUCGGGCUUACUUGGUCAGGUUAUUUCGUCAAGAGGAUUAACUAACGAAACCGUAAAAACACGCAAUCCUUUGGAUGAAACGACAUUAGUUAAUCGUCCAAAUCCCUCUCUUCAAUCAUUUUUUCACCCUGAUAUUUCUAACAAAUCUGCAUUUCCAGAACUUUCAACCAACAAACAAGGUGUAAAAACUUCUCAAGAGAGGGGUGAUGUUACUCGAGUCUCUAAUACAGCUUAUAAUCCAGAAAAUGCAUUGAUUCAAUGGUGUGAAAGACGUUUAGCUGGAAUUGAAACAACUAUUGAUAUCCCGACAUUCGCUAGAUUCAUUUCAUCUUUAGGAUCUCCUGCCGAGGUUCGCGAUUAUCUUAAGAUGUAUUUGGGAAGUACAGAAGAAGUAAAGAAUUUUUUCAAUGACUAUGUUAGGAAAAGACGGGAAUGUGAAUCGCAGCAAUUUCCAAAAGCCUCACCUGGUAACAUGAAAGAAACAACUACAGAUAUGGAGCCAUCAGUAAGGAGUGAAACUCGCGAGGAAUCACAAGUCGAGGCAAACGAAUCACCAUCGCCAACAUCUAAAAGUAACAACUCUAGUAAUGCCAAUAAUUCGAAUAAGAAAAAAAAGAAAAGGAUGCAAAAAGUUGAUCCAAGUAUAUUAGGUUUUAGCGGCAGUUCAGGAGAUCGAAUUAAUCAAGGUGCCAUCCAGUCAUUGCGUGAUGUGGAAUAUUAA